GAAUCCGCGUCAGCAUUUUAUGGCCACAACUGGAAGUGGAACGGGAGCGGGAAUGGGAAUGGGCACAGCAGCUGAUACUGCCUCCUGUUCCUCCUCCGCCUCAUUUAAUUCUCCCGCUGCCGUCUUGAUGUUGUCGGCAAUGCCAAGUCAACAACGUUCCUCACGCCUCCAGCGGCAUCGCAGCUCCGAGACGCACGAUGAGCGUCUGAAGCAUCAAAGUCGAGCUGGACUCUUUCACUCCAUGCAACAACAACGCGAGCAGCAACAACAGCAGCAGCGCGAGCAACAACAACAACAACGAGAUCAGCAGCAACAACAACAGCAACAACAACAACAUCAUUUGCAUCCACAACAACAUGAUGUGGAGGACAUGGAAUUGGGUUUGGGUCACGGUCUGGGUCUGGGUCUCGGCUUAAGCAGAAAUCUCAAUAAUCAAUCGUGGAUCUUGGACUCGUCAUCGGAUGUGUAUCUGGAGGAUGAUAGCUAUACCAAAUCAGAUCUGGCCAUUGAGCAGCAAACGAGCAAUGGAUCCGGCUCCGGAUUGGGAUUGGGAUUCCGUGGUCAGCAGCAUCAGCAGCAGCAGCAUCUACAGCACCAUCAUCAUGUGCAUCAUAAUCCGCAUCCGCACCAGCAACUGCAUCCCAAGCAUGCCAAGCAUCACAAUUUUCCCGCGCUGAUACGCAAGGAUCCCAAUAGCACCAUGUCGGCAUUGCAGCUCUCAGCCAGCUCCAGUGCCGGGCAGGCACAGAGCACAGAUGGCGGCAUUGGUGGCAUCACUGGCACCAAUCGCACUGGCGGCACAGCGGCGAUGAAACGACGACGACAUUCCAAUGCCACCAGCUAUCAGAAGCAAAGUCAAACGGGCUCCAAAUCCACAUUGGCGCCAAGUGGCGGAGCCAACUGUUCCGGCUCCACUCCAGCCAACUGCCACUCCCACUCCAACGCCCACUGCAACUCGGGUAAUGGUGUGCGUCGCAUUAAGAGCGCCGCCUUGGAGGUGCUCUGUCCGCAGGCAUCUGUGUCCAAUCUCAGUCCGCAUCCCAACAGCGUGGAGGCGAUAAGUGGACAGCCAGGAUUGAGGAAUCCACUGCCGCCGCCCAGCAAAUGUCUGGUGAGGAAUCAGCAUUUGAAUCUAUAUCCACCACGUCUGGUGGAUCAAAACUAUACGGAAAGUGGCAGUGGCAGUUGUAGUAGCGUCAUCUUUGGCAGCUCCAGUGCCUGUGGUUCCACGACGGCAUUAAUAGAGCCACCGGUGUAUCCCAUAGUGGAGCAUCUGGAUGAGAAGACGACGGAGGAUAAGACGGGUAAUGGCAUUAGAAUGGCCAUGGCAAUGGGUGUGGGAGUGGGAGUGGGAAUGGGCCAUGACCAUGACGAUGAUGAUGAUGAGCUGGAUGAUGUGCCGCGGAGACGACGGACACGCGCCCUGGGCUGCAGUCAGACGCAUCACAGCGCCGAAUCCGAUGUGGGUGGUAUCCUGGCGGAUGAUGAUGAUGAUGUCUUCAAGGAUUUCGAUGAUAAUCUCGAGCAUAUACUCAAUGAGCUGCAGCAGACGCACAGUCAGCUGGACGAUGUGCUGAAAACCACAACAGCUGGAGCGGCACAAGCAGCUGCUCCGCCCACUUCAACUCCAACUCCAGCUGCUCCUUCGACUGUGGCAGCCUCCGAUGAUGAGGAGACGGAGGAUAACAAUACGGGUUCACGUUCCCCGCUGCUCAGCAAUCGCCAGCAGCAGCAAUCCGCCAGGGAAAUGGCCGCCGAGCAGGCGUUGCGUCAGGAGCUCGCCCAGGACCAUCGGCAUUGUGCACUGCCGGGAGCGGGAAUGGGAUCAGGAGCGGGAGCAGCGGGAUCAGCUGCUAAUCCCGCACAGCAACGCAGCCAGCUGAUAAGAAGUGAAGCGGACUCGGGCUGUCCAUCUAGCGACUGUGAGCAGGUGAGCGCCAGCUCCAAGGAUCAGCUGCUGGCGGGCAUGGACAAUGCGCCACCAUGUCAAAACCAAUCUCAAUGCCAAUCCCAAUCUCAAUCCCAGACAGCGGAUGAUGAGGAGCAACCAUGCACAUCACGCAUGGCAGCUGGACGGAGUCUGGGAGCGAUACCCAAAGUGGUCAAGUAUCGGGAGGUGGACGAACUGCGUCGACGUCGUGUCCUGGCGGAUGCGAGCACCACAGAUGGAGGAGCUGCCAACAAUGAGCUGUCACUGGUGAAGCAGGCCCUGAAGCUCUCCAUGCUGCCCAGCGGCGCCUCGAGGAACUCCUCCAGCUCCAAUUCGACGCACAGCAUCAGUUUGACGGAGAGCCUGACGGCGGACAUCCACAAGAUGCUGUGGCUGAUGCACGGCGGUGCGGUGGAUGAGCGGGGUCGUCCCAUUGCCGGCAUACUGCCAGAUGGCACUCCCGUGCCCGCCAAUCCCAGCAUAGUGCCACCCAACAUGUCCAGUGCGCACUUUCAGUUCUAUCAGGAUGCGAUCCAGGCACUGCAGGGUGCCUCCAGUUCCGUGGAGCACAUGGCGCACAUUGAGCGAGCCUUCUGGGAUAAGAUGCGCUGGGAUGCCAAGCCGGCGGAAGGCGGCACAGGUGCAGGAGCAGCUGGUAGUGGCGGUGGAGCAACUGCAUCAUUGGGCUUGCUCGCCGCACGCGAUGCGUCGCCGCCAACGGCAAAUGCGGCGCAAUUCUCACUCCAGGGAUUAUUCAAUGUGAUGCGCAGCGAGCGUCAAACGGCACGCAAUGAUGCACUGCAGCAACAGCUGAACGAAGCAGCCGCCGCAGUGGCAGCGGCAGCAGCAGCAGCGGCAGGAUCAGGAUCAGCAACUGGAACAGCAGGCGGCACGGGAGCAGCAACGGGAAUGGGUAUGGGAUCAGGAGCGGGAGCAACUGGUGGCAAUGUCUGCUCCACGGAUGCCGCCGUCAAUGCAGCGAUUGCCGCUGCAGCGGCCAACUCGCAGCAGCAGCUGAAUCAACCCAUGCUCAAUGUGGAGGGACACUUUGCACCCUACUGCGACUACUGGCGUCCACCAUGUCUGCUCGCCGCCGAGAAGCCGGUGCCGCCCAAGAGUUUCUACAAAUACCGCUUCAAAUGGUGUGGACACGAGCAGGAGUUCAAGAUAGCCAUGGAUCGGUUGGAACUGUUGGCUUUAUUCGAUCGGGAUCUGCAUUGGCUGCAUGUGCUCCUGGCCAGCGUGUUGUGCACCUUGGUUGCCUGCCUGGGAGCGGCAAUACUCCAGCAUAAUCACUACAAGGAUCUGUGUGUCCUGCUCUUUUGUGGCGUCAUCGCCGGCGCACAAUAUUCGCUGGUGAAGAGCGUCCAACCGGAUGCGGCGUCUCCGGUUCAUGGUUUCAAUAAAACGGUCGCCUAUUCCCGCGCCAUCUACUUCUGCAUCUGUGGCGGUUUAUUGCUGCUCCUCAAGCGCCUGGAUGCGGAGUAUUCGCAACGUCCGCCGGCGGCCUUAAUCUUCUUUGGCGUCCAUUAUUCACCGGCCAGUGUGGUGACUCUGCUCCUGCAGUCGUUGUAUGUGCUGUUGCUCUGCUUUCCCAUCAUCUUCUCGGUGGGCUUGUGUCCACAGAUCAACACAUUCCUCAUGUAUCUCCUCGAGCAGCUGGACAUGCAUCUCUUUGGCGGCAAUGCGGCGAGCAGUCUCUUGGGUUCAUUUCUCUGCCUGCUGCGCUCGGUGCUGGCCAUAAUGCUGCUCUAUGGACCACUUUAUGCGGCGCUGGACGAGCAGAGGGGAACACAGUAUAUACUGUUCUCCAUCUUCUGUGCGAUGCUGAUUCCGUUGGGUUAUCAUCUGUCGCGAUCGGCCAGCGAUUUCAGUCACCUGUGGCGUCUCAUCAAGACGUGCAUUGUGAGCACGUAUCGGGAGGAUGAGGAGGAGCCAAGUCAUCAUCCGCACAGCAGUCGCAAGAAUCAAAAUCCAAAUCCAACUCAACAACAACAACAGCAGCAACAACAGCAACAACAACAACAAGGGAGUCGAGGGAAGCGUCAAGUGGAGCUGGUGUCCAGUAGGACACGGCAACAGGAGCUGGUCAGUUCCAUAGGGAAUAGUCAGGAGCAUAUUGAGUUGAGUUCGCUGGAGAAACUGGCCAUCAAUGAGGAUCAACAGCAGCGGCAGCAGCUGGAGGAUGAGGAACAGGAGGAAGCUGAAGCCGAUGCGGAGGCGGAGGCGGAUCAGCAGGCAGACGCGGAUCAGGAGGCACAACUGGAACUGCAGUUGGAGCAUAAGCAUAGCAAAUCCAAGGCAUCCUCUCUGGGCAGCAGUCAAACUCUGGGCAAGACCAUAAGCAGCAGCAAAAGAGCCAUCACCGCGUCCAGUUCAUAUGCCUCCAUUGGCGUCGAUGCUGGCGAGGAUGGGCAGGUGGAUUUACCCAGCGAGGAUGUCAAACUGGAGGAGCAUGUCUAUGAGGAGGAGCCCAAAACAGCUGGCAUUCCAGAUUCCCAGGAUGACAAGAUCUCCAGCUCGUCGACCACCAAUCCGGGUGACAUGUCCACCUUGACCGCCGGUGCCGGCACAGCAACGACGGAUGUGGAUGCGGGAAUUAUCGAUCCGGAACCCGAUACGGAUACAAAUCAUGCGCCGGAUAUGGACAACGGGGAACUGGACAAUGAGUUGCCAGAUCCAUUGCCCAGGAAACUUCAGGCCACCGUAACGACACGUCUGAAAAACGAUCUCGUUGUGAUGACUCUGCUCGGAGUCAGUGUGCUCGUCCUGCAUUGCAGCACGGUCUUUACGGUGCUCCAGCCGGAUCUCAAUGUGGUUCUCUAUGCCUUCAUUGGCACCUUGGGUGUGCUGCUCCACUACGCCGUGCCCCAGAUGAGGAAACACAUGCCGUGGCUCUGUUUCGCCCGUCCACUGUUGCGGCAGAAGGAAUUUGGACAAUUUGAGGUGCUGAAUGCACCACAGAUCAUGUGGUUCGAGAAGUUCUACAUCUAUCUGAGUGUGCUGGAGCGGAAUGUGCUAUUCCCACUGUUGGCCAUCUCAUCGCUGACCGCCGAUUCCCAAUUGAUUGCCACCAAGUUUGGCGUUCCUUGGGGAACUCUCAUUGUCGCUGUUUGUGCUCUCAAAUUUGUACGCAAUGCAUAUUCGGAUCCAACCAAUCAAUAUCUGAUCAUCAUAUUCACCGUCCUGCUCUUUCGCAUUGACUUUGCAAUGGCAACCGAAAGCUUUAUUAUCGACUAUUUCUUUGUCUCGCUCGCCUUUCGCAAAUGCUGCGAUUUUCUGCUCAAGUUGCAGUUUAUUGUGACGUAUAUUGCACCAUGGCAGAUCACCUGGGGAUCGGCAUUCCAUGCAUUUGCCCAACCAUUUAGUGUUCCACAUUCGGCCAUGUUGUUCCUGCAAGCGGGUAUAUCCGCACUUCUAUCGACGCCAUUGAAUCCAUUUCUCGGCAGCGCCAUUUUCCUCACCUCGUAUGUGCGUCCCGUGAAAUUCUGGGAACGGGAUUACAACACUCGCCGCAUUGAUCACUCCAACACACGUCUCAGCUCCCAGCUGGAGCGCGACUUGGGCGCCGAUGAUAACAAUCUGAAUAGCAUUUUCUAUGAGCACCUCACCCGAUCUCUGCAACAUUCCCUCUGCGGCGAUUUGCUCAUGGGUCGCUGGGGCAAUGUCAACCAAGGCGACUGUUUCGUGCUCGCCUCCGAUGAUCUGAAUUGCUUGGUGCACAUCAUCGAACUAGGCAACGGACUCUGCACAUUUCAGAUGCGGGGCCUGGAGUUUCGGGGCACGUAUUGUCAGCAGCGUGAGGUGGAGGCGAUAACGGAGGAUGUGGAGGAUAAUGACGGCUGUUGUUGCUGUGAUCCUGGACACUUGCCGCGCCUACUCAGUGCGAAUGCCAUGUUCUCCACACGCUGGCUUGCCUGGCAAGUGGUUGCCGCUCAGUAUGUCAUCGAGGGUUAUUCCAUAUCCGAUAAUCUGGCGAGUGCAACGUUGCAGGUCUUCGAGUAUCGCAAGGUGCUCAUCACCUACUACAUUAAGAGCAUUAUCUAUUAUGUGGUGAAGAAUCCAAAGCUGGAGCAAUGGCUCGCCUCGGGACCCAUUCAGGAGGCACUGCAGCAUACGUUGAGUCGUCAAUUUGUGGAUCUGGAUCCCAUAUUCAAUUUCAAUCUGGAUGAGGAUUUCGAUUUUCGUGCCGUGGGCAUUACGAGAUCCAGUUUCUGUUAUGUCUACCUCAAGUGGAUCAAUUACUGUGUGGAUAAGCGCAAGGAGCUGCAAUUGGGCAAGGAGACACCAACGAUGACGACGACGACAAUGCCAAUGCCGAUGGCGACAGCUGCAACUGGAGUCGGAACUGGAGUAGCGACAUCCACAGCGCUGCCAGCAGCCACAAUAAAUACAGCAACAGUUGGAGGAGGAGCCGGAGGAUUGGGAGUAAGCAUAGCUGUUGCAAGUGGCACAGCUGGAGCAGCAACGGGAACAACCACAGCGAAUAACACACCCGCCCACAAUGAUUCCAAGAGCACACCGAAUCUGUCCUCGCAUGGCGCUGCCACUGCACCACAGUCCAAAUCCCAAUCCCAGCAGCAGCUGCGCAGUGUGGUGCGUCCCCAGAAGAGUGCCACGAUGAGUGGCAGUGGCAGCGGUGGCAGCGGCAGCGGAAGCACUGCGCCACAUCAUGUGGUCCAAGAAUCCAGCGAGCAUUUAAGUAGUUCCCAUAGUUUUGCCAACAUCUCGCGGCAGACGUCGGAGAGUGCGCCCGGAUUGGGUGGCUAUGUCACCUACAUGGAUCAGAAUGUGUUUGUCAAGUUGUCCAAGGCAACGACAACAACCACAACAGCCACGGGAACGGGAAUGGGAAUGGGUAUGGGCAUGGGAAUGGGCAUGGGAAAAUCAUCAUUGCGCAAGGAGGAUUCGCCGAGGAACACCAAUCACCAUCAAUCCAACAUGAGUCAACAGGAUGGCAAUCUGACCACCAUACUGCCCAGCACAGUGCCCUCAAUGACAACGACACAGCGACCAGCCCUGAAGCUGAAGGUGGCCAGUGUGUCCAAGGAUGCACCAUUGGUGUCACUGUGCCUCGCCUUGGGUCUGCUGGCGCGUCGUUCCUUGGCCACCGCCUCGCACAGUUCGCUGACCGGUGUGGAGUUCUUUUUGCAUGGUCUGCAUGCGCUCUUCAAGGGUGACUUUCGGAUCACCUCGCCCAGGGAUGAAUGGGUCUUUGCGGACAUGGAGCUGUUGCAUUCCGUCGUUGCGCCCGCCGUUAAAAUGGCCUUGAAAUUGCAACAGGAUCACAUCACAAAUCCCGAUGAGUUCCUCGAUCCCCAUGCCCUGUAUGAGGCCAUCGAUAGCUGCUCCAAGGAGCUGGUCAUCUCCCAUGAGGCAGAUCCCGUGUGGCGCAGUGCUGUGCUCCGUGGUGCACCCAAUCUGCUCGCCCUGCGCCACGUCAUGGAGGAUGGCUCCGAUGAGUAUCGCAUCAUUCGCCUGACGAAGCGUUUCCUCAGCUUUCGUGUCAUCAAGCUGAAUCGGGAGUGUGUGCGUGGUCUCUGGGCAGGACAGCAGCAGGAAUUGAUCUAUCUGCGCAAUCGCAAUCCGGAGCGUGGCAGCAUCCAGAAUGCCAAGCAGGCAUUGCGUAAUAUCAUCAACUCCAGCUGUGAUCAGCCCAUCGGGUAUCCCAUCUAUGUGUCGCCGCUGACCACAUCCUAUGCGGACACGAAUUCGCAGCUGUGUCAGGUGAUCGGCGGUGCCAUUACCUUGGACACAAUUCGACAAACCGUGCUGGAUUGGUGGCAUCGCAUACGGGAGCGUUGUCGCCAGGGCUGCAGCUCCGGCUCUGCCAUGGAGGCGUCUAUGCAGCUGGGCGCCUGCAAUUUCGGCAGCGGUGGCAGCGUGGUGGGUGCGGGUUCCACCAUGGCAGGAGCAGGAGGAGUUGGAGUGGGAGUGGGCGGAGCAGGUGGCGGACUAGGAGCAACUGGCUCGACGGGAGCGGGCGGUGUCGCUGCUGCUCUGGGAGGCAGUGCACCCGGCACAGCGUCCAGCGCUGGCGGGGAUUCGGGUGAAUUGGCGCCCGUAUUCAUAUCGGCGCCACUUUACAACACGCUCACCGUCAACAGCUAUUACGGCGUGCGUGGCAAUGUCGCCGGCAUGAGUGGCAUCUCCGGCAGCCUGGGUGGCAGCUAUGUGAGCGACACCCUGGCGGUGGUGCGCGGCGGACUCGCCGUAAUGCCCGUGAAACCCACCUCGACCACCCUAAUUGCCGGACUCUUGAAUCGCGAACGGGAUCAGGAGGUGGCCUCCGUCUCCGGGUCGACACUCCGGGCCAGCGGCAGCAGUGGACCACGCAGUGUACGCAGCAGUGGUGGACAGUUGCAGGCCAGUGCCCGUCGUGCCACAUUGCCCAUUGCCAGCGGUGCCACGGUGGCCAGUGGUGGCGAGACGGCUCUGCCUCCCAAGGAUGCCCCCCAAGCACGCUCCGAUCUGGUCGAAUACGAGCCGAGUCCGCGCUCCAACAAACUCUCCUCCUCCUCCGGCAGUCUGGGCGUUGGCAUGGGCGUGGGCAACAUCAUCACCACGCCUGGGGAUUAUCCCCGCAAGACCAAGGGUCCCAUUUGCCUCAUGGCCAACGAGACGGCGCCGGGAGGCACGAGUCCAGCGGCAACCACAACCACAGUGGCAUCCACAACGCAUCUGACGCCGAGGAAGCCAAGGAUCGAGAUCUACCGAAAGGUCAUUAUCGUGGACGACACGGGGAUCUACGACUGCCUGGACAUAAUUGAUGCUGUGGUCUGGCCAGCGGAUCACAUGCGAGCGAAUGGCGGACGCUUGAGCUGGAAGGAUUGGGAGCCGAGUGCGGGAAUGGUGGGACAUGUGGUGCAUGUGUGGGUGCCGAAUCACAAGGAUAUUCUGUUUCGAUCCCAUGUCAAUCGCUGUGUGUAUCUCAUUGAGAUUGGUGAGCAUUAUGUGCCCGUCGAGGAGCUGGGAUUGCGGGAGUAUAAUCAAAUUCUGGGCAGCAGCAGCGAGGAGAUGACAAGUUCACGUCGCAGCUCAAUACCCAGGGAACAGAAAUUCGCUGAGGUGCGGGCAUUCAUGAGUAAAUCCCGUAAGCAUAAGAUUCGUGCUGUGAGCAGCAGCAGUUCCGAGGAUGAGGAUGACGAGGAGCAGGAGCAGGAGCAGGAGGAGCAGCCGGAGGACGACAAUGGGGCCAGGUGUAGCACUCCAGCAGCUGCGAUUGGUGCCAUGUCAUUGCCUCCGGGUGUCACAGCGCCACCUGGCAUCGAUCUGAUGAACUUCAAUACGUUGCUCAACAUGUGGAAAUUGAUUGCGGACAAGAAGAAGCAGGCCAUCAAUAUCGAUACAUCGGAGCCAUUUGCCGCCUUUGAUUAUACGGGUGAAUUGCCGCCGGAAUUGAUGCGACAGCUGGAGGAGAGUCGUCUGGCCCAGCAGCAGUUGCUGGAGGAGCAGCAGGAGGAGGAGUUGCGCCAGCAUCUGCAGCAGCUCGAGGAUGAGGCGAUUGCCCUGGAGGCCGAACGGGCCGCGCAUCCCUGUGAGAUCAUAACGCCGCCCUCAGCGGAGGAACUGUCGCUGUCGCUGGAGCCGAGUGGAACACCAACGCCCACAAGCACGCCCACAACCACGACGCCGCCGCCAAAGUCACAAACGGAGCAGGAGCUGGUCCAGGAGGAGGAGAAGGUGAUGGAGAAGGAGACAGAGACGGAGAAGGAAACACAACCGAUGCAGUCCAAAGAGGAGAGGCAGACAGAGAUGGAGCCGGAGAUGAAGACAGAGUUGGAGCUGAAGAAAGAAGAGUUGGAAAGCAAGGAGACGAAGCAGCAACAGAAAGAUGAUAAUGACGAUGAUGACGAUGAUGAUGGAACCACUGUUUAAAAAGCAGAAAAUCUGUAAUAAUUUGUCAAAGAAAACGAAAAGAAAAGAGAGAGCAAAGAAUGUUAUAUCAUUUGAAAGAACAAUUACCCAGCGUAAAGCCCCAACAAAUACGAAUUCAACAAAAUACUUCCAAGUAAUCAAAGUAGAGUUUUUAAAACGACUGUAUAAAGCAUGGAUUAAUGUAAAUAACAAACAAUUAUACAUACAUAUAUAUAUAAACAUAUAUAUACAAUACUAUUAGCUAUAGAUUUGUUAUACUAUUGUCGCCUGUAUAUACAGAUAUAUCUAUAUAUAUACAUAUAUAUAUAUAUAUAGAAUGAGCGAGAGAGAUAAACGGUUGGAUUAGCUUUUUCACUAAAUUGUAGUUUAACAUCAUAAGAAAUU